GGCUCUCAAGGCCUGUGGUUCUGUCCUGCCUUCUGUAACUCUUUGGUGCUGGGGCCAAAUCCAGAGAUGGGUAAGUGCCUCCUGCUGCUGCCGCUGGUGGUCCUGUCCUCACUGCUGAGAUUCCUGCAAGCUCUAGAAUGUUUCCAGUGUCACCGAGUCAAUGCCAGCGGGGUUUGCGAGAACAGGGAAAGCUUCUGCCACACUCAAGGCAGCCAGCAGUGCUUCCUGAGGAAGGUCUACGAAGGUGACACCAUUUCCUAUGGAUACCAGGGUUGUAGCAGCCUAUGUGUUCCUAUGAAGCUCUUUAAAUUCAGUGUUACUGUGGAAUUUAGAUGCUGCCAUGACUCACCUCUCUGCAACAAGUUCUAAAGACAGGGCCCAGCUUUCGCCCUGAUGUGGUGGAUGAAGCUAAGUUAGGAUCCCUUUCAACCACCACAGUCUCCAAGAUUCUGUGAUCUGAAUAUGGGUCCCCUAUGAGAAGCAGCCUCAGACUCGUUCUGUUUUCAGGCCCCCUUUCCUUUCCUUCAUUGCGAGAUGCCCCAGGGAUAAUUUUUGAAACCAAAUUGGGGUGAAGAUUGAUGGGCAUAGCUAGGUCCAAGGCUACCUUCUCCCUUUUCAGGCUCUAAAUCAUCAGUCACAUUGAUUGCUGCUUAAAAAGGCAGCGUCUGUGGAAGGCUGCAUUUGUGAUUCUUCAUGUUCUGGGGGCAGGAACUGAAGGAGGAGGGAGAGUCUUUGAAAGCUGAAAACAGUAGAAGUGUGAGGGGAGUCCAUAAAUGAUGGGUUAGUUGAGUGGGCUAGGUGUUGUAACACAAAUCUCUUAAGUGGCUUAAAUAAAAAAUUAAAAAAAAUGGAGUCACUUAUGUCAAAGUGAUUUAAGAUGGAGUUGGGAGGCUAUUAAGGAAGUGGAACUUACACACGUCCAUCCCUAAACCCAACAUAAACUUUGGACCCAUCCAUCCUGAGACCACCUGGAACUUGCCUUCUUUACUCCUUAGAGACCACAGCUUAGCAACCAAUGUGCUGCCAGCAAGUGAGUGAAAGUCUGCCGGCACCAAUCGUAGUUCUGUAAAGAUAACUUUCGUUACUUCUCUGGAAUAUCUUUUUUUGCCUUUAGAAGCCCCCGCUAUUUUCUGUUCCCCCCGGAGCACAUUUGAGUUGCCAUUCGAAUCGGUGCCUCCCAAAAUGCA